AUGCCUCCCGACCCUCUGACCGGACAAGUUGCCCCUGAACCUCCUUCCUCGGCCAUUGAUAACGUGAGCGCCCAAUGUGCUCGCACAGCCAAGCCUGAAGCGAUCGUCCCGCCUGUUAUGAAUGCAUCCGCGUGUCGCUAUACCUUCCUCCCGUCGUCGCUCUCGUCUCCCCCACGCACAUCGCGCACUCGUCAGCACCACCACCAGCUCGACCACCUCGAUCUUCCGCAGCCCAGCCUAGCCCGCCGCAGUAGCGAGCGCUGUGACGUCCACCCGUCCGUCGCCCAGCUCUACCUUCGUACGCUUCCACCCAAACCUCGUCGCAAAAAGUCGGCCUCAGGCUCGGUAGAAAUGCAGGCGGGUAUUGCAUCCACGAGCGCUGCUGGCGCUGGCGCGGCCGGCAGGGCCAAGUCGCCAGCGGGCUUCAACCCAACCGCGAGCUUUGUGCAUUCGCAGCAGCAGACGUUCCCUGCGCUUUCGGCGACCGACUCGAGCGAGGUGUCGUCGUCGUCCUCGUCGACCAGCUCUUCGCGCCGCAGCAAGCGCGUCACAUCCACCCAGCUGCGCGCACUGCUGGCGUCGAGCAUGUCGAGCAUGUACCAGACCGAAGUGCCGCUCUACGGCGAGCUGCUCGACAUCAUCCGCACCGUCAACGCCUCGUGCAUCCGACGCUCCCCGCACGCCGUGAGCGACGACGAAAUCUCGCGCCUCAACGUCGAACGUCACGGCGCCAUCCGCGUGGGUACGCCGCAAGAGCUCGCACUGCUGGCGCGCAUCUUUGGCGUGUUUGGCAUGAUGCCCGUCGGAUACUACGAUCUGUGGAAGGAUGCAGGUCUGCCCAUCCACGCCACCGCCUUCCGCCCCGUGGGCGCCGACAAUCUGGCGCGCAAUCCGUUCCGCAUCUUUUGCAGUCUGCUGCGCAUCGACCUGAUCGCCGACGCCACCACGCGCGAGCUCGCCCAACGCCUGCUGGCCAGUCGCCAGAUCGUCUCGGAUCGAUGCAUCGAGCUUCUCACCAAGGCCGAAGCCGCUCUUCCCCCGGCGCGCAGCGGUGUGGACGAGGUGGCGAUCGAGGGACUGACGCGAGUCGAGGCGAUCGAGUUCGUCGAGCGCGUCGUCGACAUCUUUGCCUGGCACUCGGACACGCCCGUAUCGCUUUGCGAAUACCAGCUUCUGAGCCGAACCCACCCGCUCGUGGCGGAUAUCGUCAGCUUCCGCGGUCCGCACAUCAACCACCUCACGCCGCGCACGCUCGACAUUGACGAGGUGCAGUCGAGCAUGAUCGCGCGCGGCAUUGAUGCCAAGCAGGUCGUCGAAGGUCCUCCCCCUCGGCACUGCCCCGUUUAUCUGCGCCAGACGAGCUUCCAUGCGCUUUCGGAGCGCGUCAGCUUCCUCGGUGCGCCAGAGGGCGUAGAGCACGGCCAGCACAAGGCGCGCUUUGGCGAGAUCGAGGCGAGAGGCCAGGCACUCACGCGCAGAGGUGCGAGGCUGUACGACGAGCUCAUGGCCCGAACCGCGCGCGUCAAGAAAGCCGCCGAGUCGCAGGCAUCCACGCCCCUGGGCACUAAGGAGUGCGAGCGUAUUCUUGUCCAAGUGUUCCGCGAUGGAUUCGUCGACGAUGUGCACGGGAUGAUGCGCGGUGCGCUCGGAUUCUUCAUGUACACCGUCCGCGAUGGGGCACUCGCAAAAACCAUGGCCGCUGGUACGCACGAUAGCGCAUCGCUCGCAGCCAUGGUCGAGGCAGGAGCGUUGGCAGCGGAGCCCAUCACCUACGAGGACUUCCUCCCCGCCUCGGCCGCCGGCAUCUUCCAGAGCAACUUGCCGCAGACCACCGCUUCGGCCGCACACAAGCCUGAGCACGUGGUGGCCGAGUGCGACGAAUCAGCGGCGAGGAAUCGACUCGAGCACGCCGUGGGCGGAACGAUCCUCGACUACUUUGCCCUGUACGCCGAGCAGCAGGCACUCAGCCUGCGCACCGUCGCCGCACAGCUCAACGUCGACUGGACAGCGCUCCUGGCACAGCUCGACACCGAGGGCGCAUGA